CGAGAAAAAAACCUGCUCGCAAGGACACGCAGCGAGAAGAAGCAAAAAAGAAAAAAAACAAGAAUAAAAUGGCAAAAGCAACUGCUGCAAGAUGGCCUCUAAGAAAUUCAGCUCUAAGUCGAGGUGUUGGCAGUUGGGGAGCUUUAAGCAGUAGUCCUUCUGCUGCUGCCUCUCAUAAUUUUUAAAUGGGAGAGUUAGGCCUCAGACCUAAAAAGGAGAAGGAGUAUGACAGAAGGGAAAAAAAGGAAUCUUAUAAAAUUUAACCAAUUGCAUCCUAUUAUUAAAAAUAAUUAAAUUUGCCAAAAAAAUACAAUGACAAAUAUAUUCAAUUUUUUUGAUCUCGCAAAAUAUAUGUAUCUGUUUUUCUUUGCAUAAAAAGUGUUAUAUUUAAAUUUUGGUUGGUGUUAUUUGGAAGCAUUUUAAAUUGCAAUUUUAUCUGUUUAAAUUUAUUUUUUUAUUAAAUGUUCUUUUUCUAGCUUUAUAAAAUGAAGGUGGAUGUAAACAAACUUGUCAAAAACUUUUUGGAUUAUUUUCUGCCUGGAAAAUGUUUUGAUGAAUUUUUGGCUUUUAACUUUUUUGAAGGUAAUUGUCUUCCUCUUUUAAUAAGUCGACUCCUUGGUGUUGGAAUAACUGUUGGCUCUUGUUUAUUAUUUGUGCCCCAAAUUUUGAAAAUAUACCAAGCAAAAUCUGCUGAAGGAAUUUCUCUGGCUUCACAACUUUUUGGACUUGUUCUGCUGUUGCUGCCUAUAGCUAUGAGAAGAAAUUCAUUUUUGGGUAAGUUUCGGAUUUGUCCGCAAAAAUUUUUUUUGUCCGCAAAAAAAUUUGCGGAUCUUUAUUUUUCCGCAAAAAAUUUUUUUUUAAUUUUUAGUCAAUGGGGCGAUUCUUUCUUUGUUGGUUUACAAACAGUUUUAAUAAUAAUGCAAAUUUUGUAUUAUUCUAAUUCUGGUGCCUUCAAUGCUUUCCUUUUUGGAUUAUUCUAUUUUGCUGGUGUGCUGUCUGUUGUUUACCAUUUUGUGCCUAUUAAAAUUUUGAAUGCUUUUCAAACAGCAACACUGCCAAUUACUUUUAUUUCAAAGGCUAUUCAAAUUUAUGCAAAUUAUUCCCAAAAAGGAACUGGACAACUUUCUUUAAUUUCUGUCUUUAUGCAAUUUGCUGGAUGUUGUGCUAGAGUUUUUACAAGUAUUCAAGAAACAAAUAAAGAUUGGUUAAUUUUGGCCCCAUUUAUUUUGGCUUCAAUUUUGAAUGGAAUUAUUUUUGUUCAAAUGAUUUGGUAUUCUCGUUCAACUACAAAACUUGAGGAAGAAAUGAAGAAGAAGAAAAUUCGUUAAAAUGGGUUUUUUAAUUAGGUUGUUCUUUUUUUUUUGCUUUUUCUUCUUUAGAGUUGACUUUAACGGGUAGUACCUUUUAAAAUUAUUCCCUAAAAUAAGCCACAAUGUCAUCACAU